GGAGGAGUUAUCCAAGAUCGGAAAAAAACGUAUUUUAAAUUAGGAAGAGAUAAACUCAGAGUGAGGACGGACUCCUGCACCAAGCAGUAAAAUGGCAGUAGGUAACAGCACUUCUUCUGUGGCUCGGUUGUCUGGACUACAACUGGCCGUCAGUCACUUACAGACAGUGUCCCUGGUCAUCUACUGUGUGAUAUUUGUGGUUGGGACUGUUGGUAAUGGUCUGGUCAUCUACGUAACAGGCUUCAGAAUGAAGAGAACAGUCAACUCCGUGUGGUUUCUCAACUUGGCUCUGGCUGACUUCCUCUUCAUGACCUUCCUGAUUUUCUCAAUCAUCUCUCUCUCCCAGAAGCAUCAAUGGCCGUUUGGACGGCUCAUGUGCAAGCUUAACAACUUUGUCAACCUGGUCAACAUGUUUGCCAGCGUCUUUCUUCUGACAGCCAUAAGUCUGGAUCGUUGCUUCUCCGUCUGGGUGGUGGUGUGGGCACAAAAUAAACGCACCGUCCGCAAGGCUCAGAUAAUGAAUGCUGUAAUCUGGGUGGUUGCUGGGAUCUGCAGCAUCCCGAAUGUCACUUUUCGCACCCUUAUGGAAAGAAAUAACAUGACGUUUUGUGUUUAUCCUGGAACAAUGACAAAUGAACAAAAAUGGAGCCUUAUUAGUUUCCGCUUUGUCAUGGGGUUCCUCAUCCCAUUCUUGGUCAUUCUCUUUUCCUAUGUGGCCAUAGGCAUCCGUGCCAGCCGCCUGCGUGGGAUAAGGAAACAGAGAUCUUGCCGGGUAACUUUUUCCAUUAUUUUUGCAUUUUUCAUUUGUUGGUUGCCCUUUCAUGUUUUCAGUUUCAUGGAACUGAGGAUGCGAGCUAACCCAGGUCUCAGAAACAUUGUUCGCAUCGGAUCUCCUCUAGGUUUGAGCCUGGCUUACAUGAACAGCUGUCUGAACCCCAUUCUCUAUGUCUUCAUGUGUGAUGAGUUUCAGAAGAAGCUUCAACAGUCAGUAUGUUUUGUUCUAGAGAGUGCCCUGGCAGAGGACCAUCAUUCAUUUGUGUCCUUUCCUUCCAUCUCCUUACAUUUCCCACGGAGUUCAAGAAAGUCAAACUCGGCUUUAUAUUUGAACAUGAAAGAUGCAGCUAUUUUUCUAACUCUCAAAGAGAAACCCAAGACAGAAAAUGAGGAAACCCACAAUUAUCCAUAAGUGUAUUUACUUAUUGUAACUUUCACUCUCUUACAACUUCUGCCAUUGUUUGUUGACAAAACGUUUUGAGGCCAUCCAGCAUCAACAACGUAUCAUGCAAAGUGACUAAAAAUAUGUUUUGAGACUCUGCUACAUCGUGUCAUAAAUGACAAGCGAUACCUGACAAGCGAUACUUCAGAUACCUGUAUUCAGACACUUGUCCUUCACGUCAUUAUGUAAGAAUGUAAUAAUUUGUAUUUUUAAGCUGUGCCUUUAAAAAGCACCAAAUAGAAUAUCGUAUCCAUCAUCCAGCACAUUUAUGGACUUGAAUUAUUACUUUAUCAAAAUGUCUAAUUGUAGACAACUACAGGUUGUUAUUUAAAAAAAAAAAGAGUUAAAAUUUGCCCAGGAUUCAUCUGUUGGGACUACUGGAUGAAAUUCCACAAAAAUGUCAUAACAAAGAAUUGCUGACUAUCUUACUGCACUGGGCCCAGAAAUGUGUCCUUGCUUUAUGUCACUAACAAAGCCCCAAAAUUGUGUGUCAGUUGCAGCAAAGAGUUAUAAACAUCAUCCCUUUCUAAACUUUUUCCACAGCGUUGAAGAACAAACCAUUUCGAUUUUUAUCGCAUUGGAAUCCUUUCUUGGACUGUA